AGAAUGAGCAUGCGCGUAGAGGAAGCGCAACAGCGUCUGUAAAAAACAACAACAAUCAGCGGCAGGACAAGGCGAGAAGACAAGGCAAUGGCGACGUGAACCUCUCUGCCCACAGCACAUCUCCGGCCUCCACAGCGGCUCUUCCUCCGGAGCGUUAGAUAUAGAUGGUGCCGGGCUCAUGAACCUGGCCAGUCAAAGCGGGGAUGCUGGCGGAAGCCAGCUCCUGUUCGCCAACUUUAACCAGGACAACACGUCCUUGGCUGUUGGCACGAAAUCAGGAUACAAGUUUUUCUCUCUGUCAUCUGUGGACAAACUGGAGCAAAUCUAUGAGUGUACGGACACAGAGGACGUGUGUAUCGUGGAGCGGCUCUUCUCCAGCAGCCUGGUGGCCAUCGUGAGCCUGAAGGCGCCCAGGAAGCUCAAAGUGUGUCACUUCAAGAAGGGCACCGAGAUCUGCAACUACUCCUACUCCAACACCAUCCUGGCCGUCAAGCUCAACCGACAGCGGCUGAUCGUCUGCCUGGAGGAGUCCCUCUACAUCCACAACAUCCGAGACAUGAAGGUCCUGCACACCAUCAGAGAGACCCCCCCCAACCCCUCAGGCCUGUGUGCUCUGUCGAUCAGCAACGAUAACUGCUACCUGGCCUAUCCCGGCAGCGCCACCAUCGGGGAGGUUCAGGUGUUCGACACCGUCAACCUGCGUGCGGCAAACAUGAUCCCGGCCCACGACAGCCCCCUGGCCGCCUUGGCCUUCGACGCCAGCGGCACCAAGCUGGCCACUGCCUCGGAGAAGGGCACCGUGAUCCGGGUCUACUCCAUCCCCGAGGGACAGAAGCUCUUUGAGUUCCGGCGAGGAGUCAAAAGGUGUGUGACCAUCUGCUCGCUGGCCUUCUCCAUGGAGGGGCUCUACCUGUCCGCCUCCAGCAACACUGAGACCGUCCACAUCUUCAAGCUGGAGACGCAGAAGGAGAAAUACGUGCCAGCGGAGGAGCCCACCACCUGGGGGGGCUACCUGGGCAAGGUGCUGAUGGCCUCCACCACCUACCUGCCCGCCCAGGUGACGGAGAUGUUCACCCAGGGCCGAGCCUUCGCCACCGUGAGGCUGCCCUUCUCCGGACACAAGAACAUCUGCGCCCUGGCCGUCAUCCAGAAGAUCCCGCGGCUGUUGGUGGCGGCGGCGGACGGCUACCUUUACCUCUACAACCUGGACCCCCAGGAAGGGGGGGAGUGCACCCUGAUGAAGCAGCACCGUCUAGACGGCAGUACUGAGCCAUCCAAUGAGAUCCUGGAGCAGGGGUCACAUGACCGGCCUCUGGCGUGCCAGACCUACAGCGGGGCGGUCUCUAAAGGUUACUGCGAUGAGCCGGGCGCGGUCGGAGGGGCGGGGCUGGACGACGACCUCAACGACCUGCGAUUGGACGAGGAGAACGAGCAGCCGCCGCUGAUCCUGGAGACGGACUGAGCGGCGGCCGCAGCCACCAAUCAGAGGGCUCUCUCUGAGCGGCGGCCGCAGCCACCAAUCAGAGGGCUCCCUCUGGUGCUGCCGCGAACACAUGGACUCACGGGGGGGGGUCCGGUCACAGCCCUCCUGGGAGGGGGGGGCAUCUCAACACCAUGCAUUCAAGAGGCUGUAAUCCCAUCCCCCCCCCUGCCACAUCCAUGUC